UCUCGUGUCGACAGUGUGUGUGUAUGAAGCACGACAUAAUUAGGGGACGGAACAGGGGGCAGGUUGAGGAACACGCAUAACACAGCAGCCAGCAAGUUAGCGGCUAACUACUGUACGUAGCCAACUAGCACUGGAGUACUUCACAAGCAGACAGGGCACGGUGCAGGUUUUCCACAACACGGGAUUGUGUGUGACUGUAAGGACUCUGACUCCGCCGUCACAGUCAAAAGCUCAAAGCAACAAACAUUCACUUUGAGAAUUUAGUAGUGUAUGUACCCUGUGAGUAUAACAUUUCUCUUCAAUGGCUGCCUCUGGCUCCACCAGCAAUGUGCCUGAAGGUUUCCACUAUGAGACCAGAUACGUCCUCCUGUGCUACCUCGGCCUGCCCCCACGACCACGGUCCAGGCCUGAGAAAGGGGCAUCUGAAGAGGCUGCACAAGAAACAGCUGUGGACAGGACCAGCAGGAUGAAGGAACAGAUUGAGGAACAGCUAAAGCAGCUAGAAGAAGAAAUCACUGUCUCUUUUCCAAGUACAGGCUUUGAUCGACACACAUCCCCAGUGUUCAGUCCAGCUAAUCCUGAGAACACUAUAGAGGACAGCCUGGCCAUGCUGGGGGACCGUGUCGCACAAGUGCUGGACACGCAUCUGACUGUGGCCACACAGACACUUCUCAGUGGGCAGCUGGACUAUGAAGAUUUCCAAAGUACAGUGAAGGAGAUUUCCUCCCAUUCUGAAGGAGGCUGGAGCAAGGUUUUGGUACCUUUAGUGUUAUUGCAAGCACUGCAUUGUAAGGGUCACCCGCUGGCCUCUCUACUUUCCCUGGGUGAGCGGUACCUAGUUGAGGUAGAGGCAGACUUCAUCAUCCAGCAGGGUGGAUGGAGUGCAGUGUUUAGGCUGGAGGAUGUGGAGGAACCAGGCGUGCUCAUAGCUGAAGACAGUAACGAUAUCUACAUCCUGUCGGGGGAGCAGGGCUGCGAGCAGCUGAGCCCACCUGAGUCACUGCUCAUCAGCGUGGCAGACAGCAGCGGCCUGAGUUCCUGGCACACGGAGAGUUUGCCCGUAUCACUGAGUGGCCACGAAUCCUGGGCUAAGGUUGGCACCAUGGAACCAGAGGAUGCCAAGAGUGUGGACAGUGGUGAGGGCGUGGCCUCAGCUGAGGAGCACAGUGAGAACAACUCGUCCAACUCGGACAUUGUGCACGUGGAGCGUGAGGAGGCCGAGCUUCUGGAGGAGGGAGAAGCUGUAGAAGAGGAAAAGCUGCAGGAGAGCAUGCUCAGUGUCCUAGGCACCGAAAGCGAGCUGGAGGCCCUCGGAGAGGAGCUUAGAAGAGAAGCUUCAUGUCCACAACAGCCGGUUUCAGAAGCACCAGAGUCACUGAUGUCCCUAGAGGAGCAGAUUGUCAUCCUGGAGGCACCUCCUAUCUUAGUUGCUGCUGUUCCACCAGUUUAUGUAGAUCCAAAGUCCCUCACUUCUUCAUGCCCUACCGUCAUUGCUGAAGUUCCAGUUGAUGUGGAGCCAGAAUACCUUGCUCCUUCAUCCUUUACUAUCAUUGCUGAUGCUCCAGUUGAUGUGGAGCUGGAAUGUUCUGUUCAUCCUUCCCUUCCUAUUGCUGCUUCACCCCAAGUGCUUGAUCCUAAACCUGAGCCUCAGUCAGCUCAGCCAGAACCUGUUCUAGCUCCUGUGGAGCCACAGAUUCUAAGAACAAUUCAAGAACCAGAAGCUAAAUCUGAGCCACAGCCUGAAGCUGUCCAAGCAGCUCCAGUGCAUGAGAUACUGCCACAAGCAGAGGUUGUACAGGCCAAUACAGCUCCAGCACAAGAAAUACCAUCACUGGAGCCACAGAAUGCACAGGAGACAUCUGCUCCAUCCCAGGUUUCUCUUGUUUUACGUUCUGUGGCAGCUCCAGAACAGGAAAUACUGCCACAGGAGCUACAGCCUGUACACACAGCCUCUACUCCAGCUCAGGAGCCACCUGCAGCUCCAGCACACACAGAGCCUGUAACAGAGCCUGUGUCCUCUGAGCUUCCAGUUCUUCUGUAUGGUGGUGCUGCACUGGUAGCCAUUGCUGCUUUGGUGGCCUAUGGAGUUCUGGCUUACAGGAAGAAGUAUUAGGAAGUUGCCCCUCCCCAUGACCUCACCACAUCGGUGACCCUUUUCAGGAACCGGGGCCACUGUGCUGCCAAAAGUUUUGGGGAAAUCCAUUCUCCUGUCGAUCCCAUGCUAAAUUUUGUUGAUGCUCUACCGAGUUCCUGUUUUUUUUGUUUUGUUUUUUGUGCCCCCCCCCCCCCCCCCCCAUUUUUUUCUUUCCUUGUUUCAUUUUCUCUUACAGUGAACCACUUCUGAGCCUGAGCCAAAUGCAUUGUCAAUUUGAUGUUCAUUUCACAUUCUCAUAUACAAUGCUCAUAUACUUGUUAAUUUGUCUUAAGGAUUCACAUUCUGUAAGGCCGACAGCUGGGAAAUCAUGGUAUCAUUUGACCAGUUUUUAGAAGCAGGGAACAGUUCUUCGAGUAGAACGGACUUGAUUUGGAGUUUUGAAAACACUAUGAUUUGUUACUAAAUAAAAGGUGCACACCUCAGAUUCUGUCCACCAUUUUGUCUGAUUUGAUCUAUUAAGAAUAUCUAGGCCUAGUUUUAAGAACGCGUGUUUAUGCGCCGAUGGUUAGGUGUUUGAGAGCGCAUAUAUAGCGGAAUUAGAUUUUGAACAGUUUGCUGUGAUGUGUCAAAUGGUUCAGGCUCACAUUACGGACAGUGUUUAGACAUUCAUGGAUCCUGACAUUGAAUAUGAGGUUCUAUAUGGUUAUGGAGAAACCAAUGUUGGGCAGCCCAACCAGACACCUGUAAUGAGAGCACUGAUCAUUUGUUGAUAAGAAUUGAAGACUAUAGAUUGUGUAUAAUACGUGAUCAAAUCUGUACGCACAAUCCACUGGAUUAAGCCAGAAUUAAUGAGUUGACCAGGGUUAAAAUGCAACACAUGCCCGAUUGAUUUGCUUUUGUUCAGCCAUUGAAUUCCCCUUUGUAAACAAAAAGAACAGUAUGUCCAGGACAUAGACUAAGAUGGGCAAACACCCUGACCAUUUUCCCUAUAGUUCUUCAGGUUUGUUUUUUAGUUACUGAACACAGCCUUUGUUACAGUUCAAACAAAUAAAGUUUUGAUUUUAAUUCCAA